AUGGAGGAACAAGCGUGCUUGGUGCACGCUCGCUCCGACUCUGAGAGCUCGUCUAAGUUAGGCAGCUUCGGAUCACUGUCACGCACAAUGACAUACACUGAUACGAGAUUGAGUGUUAACUCUGGAACAGAAGGUUCCGGCGAACCCGGUAACACAACAACGAUGACGAACAUACCGCCAGAGAACCCCGAGGGGAACGAGAGCGGUGAGCUCCUGGACUACAACGAUUCCAGUGUGCUCGAACAGUUCCAUGAAGAUGCUUUGAGACAGGCUGGCUGUGGUCUCUACCAGAUUCGUGUAUACUUGGCCGUCGGCUUUGCUAUAGCUGGGGCUUCGCUCGAGCUGGCUUCUAUAGCAUUUGUGUUACCAUCAGCGGAGAUAGAGCUAUGUAUACAGCCGCAUGAGAAGAACUGGUUGGUUUUAAUAUCAAUAAUGGGGUGGUCGCUGGGCGCGGUGGGAUGGGGCGCGCUGGCCGAGCGUGGCGGGCGCAGACGCGCGCUGCACUCGGCGCUGGCGGUCAACGCGGUGUUCGCCGCCAUCGCUGCCUUCAUGCCCACUUAUGGGACUUUCAUGAUGGCUAGAUUCUGCUCGGCGAUAGGUUCCGGCGGCGUGAUGCCCGCCGGUCUCGCGUACGCCGGCGAGAGCGCAGCGAGGCCGGCGCGCGUGCCGCUGGCCGCAGCGCUGCCGGGCUGUCUCGGCGCCGGCGUGCUGCUUGCUGCGGGGCUCGCGCGUGCCGUACUCCCGCCCACUGGGGCUGACGCGCUCGUUGACAGCAAGGAGCAUUUCAGCGCUUGGCACAGAUAUUUGCUGCUCUGCACAAUACCGAUACUGGCGUCGCUCAUCAGUCUCGUAUGGACGCACGAGUCGCCGCGCUACUUGCUGGAAAUGGGUCGGGAUGUGGACGCCAUGAUGGUGUAUCAGAGCAUCCACAGCGGUAACCAGACCCGAGUGUGUGGGGUCUCUCAUACCACGGAGUACCGUUUGGGCGAACUGGCGUUGCCCGGCAAGAGACGUGCGCCUGCGCUGCACCACGUACGGCACAGUGUUAAGAUGUUCUGGCAGGCGUUCUUCCAGCUGUUCUCAACCACGUACAGGAGCACAACGCUCUCUUUGACUGGAAUGCUGCUGUGUACAGUUGCGAUACAAUUCUUUCUAUUGGCCUACAUACCAGCGGUGGUGGUCAAAAUGGAGAACGAAGAGUACGAGCUGACGAGAAAAACUAUAGAAAAUGUAACAUACGAGCACGUGUCAUACAACGAAACACUCGAAAAUAUGGAUUUUGUUGAGGUCACAUUCAAGAAUUGCACUUUCCGAGAUAUACUAAUGUCUCACGUCGAGUUUGUGAAUUGUACAUUCUAUAACUCCGCUCUCUCUAAUAUAAAGACCUCGUACACAACGUUCAGGGACACGACGUUCGUUAAUAGCACAAUAAUAGACACGGACAUGCAAAUUAAUCGCGAGCUGCUCUCGUGCACGCUGAUAGCGAGCAGUGUCCGUGGUAUGAACUCCGCGUGCCGUCCCGAUGUGCGUUGGGUGCUUCGCCCCGCGGUGCUGCGUCGCCUGUGUGCCGCGCAUGGGGCUCUGCUAGCGGCCUUGCCCACUGGCGUGCGGCGUGCCCACGUGCCCCGCGUCUAUGUGGCAAUGAAUAUCAUAUCGGCGGUACUCGCCCCGGCGCUGUACGUGGCGCGCUCUCAAGUUGCCCUGUACCUGAUAGAAGCGGCGUACGCUCUUAUCAAUACGUUCAUAUUUUUCAGCGUUGCUAUACGCAUAAUGGAUGUAUAUCCUGCUCAUUUGAGAUGCACAGUACACGGGCUGGCCCUCUCCGCGGCUUACCUGGCGGGUGCUGCCGCCCGGACUGCGGGUGGUCUGCCCCCGGCCUCCGUGGCCAUAGUGGCAGCCCUAGCGCUCGCAGCCGCAGCCGCCGGCCGACACGCU